CUCUGGCCCCGCCCUGCGCACCCUGCUAGCCGCGGGGGCUCGCCACUGGCCCUGGCCCCGCCCAGAGAGGCCUCCUUGAGCCUCCAGCCUGCUAGCCGCCAGCCCACCACCCGCCAGGCCCGGUGGGUGGGCGCUGGGCCACCUCUACUGGCCCGCGGCGGUGACUCGGCGACCUUGGCUAGGAAACUCUAGCGGGGACCCACCAACGGAGGUGGCAACGCGGACUUUGCCCAGCGCGGGGGCGGAGCGGACUGUGUGUCCACUGGCGGGGCGCAGAGAUGUUGGCUUUCGCGGCCAGGACAGUGCCCAGGCAAGUGGCUGCCUCUUGCUAGGUUCUGCUCACCCACUUGGUAGCACAGUUAGGCUUAGAGAUCCAGCCCAAGGCAGACAGACAGGGCUCAGAACCUCAGUCCUGCCAUGGAGGACGGGCAGCAGAAAGAGAAGGUGAAGCCCCUGGGCUUCCUCAAGCCAUCCUCCUUGAGGAAAGUUUCUGGCCGCUUCAAGACGCACCAGGACUCCCUGCCCCGGCUGCCCGUGCCCCCACUCCAGCAGUCUCUGGAUCAUUACCUUAAGACACUGCAGCCCAUCAUCAGUGAGGAGGAAUGGGCCCACACCAAGCAGCUGGUGGAAGAGUUUCAGACUGCGGGGGGCGUAGGAGAGCGCCUCCAGAAGGGGCUGGAGCGCAGGGCCAGGAAGAUGGAGAACUGGCUGUCUGAGUGGUGGCUGAAGACGGCCUACCUCCAGUACCGCCAGCCCCUGGUCAUCUACUCCAGCCCCGGACUGGUACUGCCCAGGCAGGACUUUGUGGACCUGCAGGGCCAGCUCCGGUUUGCUGCUAGAUUCAUCGAGGGCGUGUUGGAUUUCAAGGCCAUGGUUGACAAUGAGACCCUGCCCGUGGAGUACCUGGGCGGCAAGCCGCUGUGCAUGAACCAGUACUAUCAGAUCCUGUCGUCCUGCCGCGUGCCGGGCCCCAAGCAGGACUCAGUUGUCAACUUCAGCAAGACCAAGAAGCCACCCAUGCAUAUCACAGUGGUGCACAACUACCAGUUCUUCGAGCUGGACGUGUACCACAGCGAUGGGACGCCCCUCACCUCGGAUCAGAUCUUCGUGCAGCUGGAGAAGAUCUGGAACUCCUCACUGCAAGCCAACAAAGAGCCCGUGGGCAUCCUUACCUCCAACCAUCGCAACUCCUGGGCCAAGGCGUACAACACCCUCAUCAAAGACAAGGUGAACCGGGAGUCAGUGCGCUCCAUCCAGAAAAGCAUCUUCACCGUGUGCCUGGACGCACCCGUGCCUCGGGUCUCGGAAGAUGUGUACCGCAGCCAAGUGGCCGGCCAGAUGCUACACGGGGGCGGCAGCAAGCUCAACAGCGGCAACCGCUGGUUCGACAAGACGCUGCAGAUCAUCGUGGCAGAAGAUGGCUCCUGUGGGCUCGUUUAUGAGCACGCAGCAGCAGAGGGGCCGCCCAUCGUCACCCUCGUGGACCAUGUCAUUGAGUACACGAAGAAGGCCGAGCCCGUGCGGUCUCCCAUGGUGCCCCUGCCCAUGCCCAAGAAGCUGCGGUUCAACAUCACCCCCGAGGUGAAGAGCGACAUCGAGAAGGCCAAGCAGAAUCUCGGCAUCAUGAUCCAGGACCUGGACAUCACUGUGAUGGUCUUCCACCACUUUGGGAAGGACUUCCCCAAGUCCGAGAAGCUGAGCCCCGACGCCUUCAUCCAGAUAGCACUACAGCUGGCCUACUACAGGAUCUACGGGCAGGCAUGUGCCACAUACGAAAGCGCCUCCCUGCGCAUGUUUCACCUGGGCCGUACUGACACCAUCCGCUCAGCCUCCAUGGACUCGCUGACCUUUGUCAAAGCCAUGGAUGACUCCAGUGUGACGGAGCACCAGAAGGUGGAGCUGCUGCGGAAGGCCGUGCAGGCACACCGAGCCUACACCGACCAGGCCAUCCGCGGGGAGGCCUUUGACCGGCACCUGCUGGGCCUGAAGCUGCAGGCCAUUGAGGACCUGGUGAGCAUGCCUGACAUCUUCAUGGACACGUCGUACGCCAUCGCCAUGCACUUCAACCUCUCCACUAGCCAGGUCCCUGCCAAGACAGACUGCGUCAUGUCCUUUGGGCCCGUGGUCCCCGACGGCUACGGUGUGUGCUACAACCCCAUGGAGAGCCACAUCAACUUCUCUGUGUCGGCCUACAACAGCUGUGCUGAGACCAACGCGGCCCGCCUGGGGCACUACCUGGAGAAGGCGCUCCUGGACAUGCGUGCUCUGCUGCAGAGCCACCCCCGGGCCAAGCUCUGAGCCUCCCGUGCUCGGGCCUGCUGCUGCCACAGCCAAGCCACCUUCGGGUGGGCCACUCACCAGGGCUCCACUUUUGCUCCCUCUACCCAUGGACCCCGGAGAUCUGACCAAGCUGGGGACGGCACCCUCAAUGGGGCCUACAGGCCCAAGCCAAGUGCCUUCCAUGGGUCAUCCCCAGUACCUGUUGGGGCUGUGUCCUGGGCUGUAUUCAGAGGCUGAGCAGGACAUAGGCCCAGACUUUUCUCCUGGGAAAGGAACCAGGGGAGCCCAUCCCCCAUCAGGGCGGGCAUGGGGAAGUCCUUUUCUCCAUAACUCAGCCAGUCCCUGCCAUCUGCACAGCCAGCCCGGGUCUGUACCCAGAUCCCCAAACUCCCAAGGCCCUAUAGACAGGAACGCCCAGGCGCUCCAAGCUUCCCCAAGGGAAGGGGAAGCCGGGGCCCCGCCUUACCUCUCCCUGUACCAUCUCCCACUGGACUGCCAUGCUCUUUUGGAGAAUGUGUCUGAGGCGCUCCGGCUCGCUUGCUUCCUUCCACUCAGCUUGAUUCCUGAUCCACGUUCCUGGUUGUAUAAUAGUAACAUGUGAGGUCAUUAAUAAAGGGGAAAUGUGUUGGUGAA